UAUGGGAGAAUGAUUGCUCAGAGAGACACAGGAAAGUGGAGCAAUGACCUCAGAGUAAGGUUGGAUGGUGUGGUUAAGAGUCAGAUAAACGUCAAGAAAGAGAGAACACACAGCUUAACUAGAUAUUGCUGCUAGCUGGGUAGGACCAUAUUUGCAGCUCUGCCAGCAGCAAAGGUGUCUGUUUUUUUAAAUACCUUGGUGGGAUUAUUUCUGCAACUAUGUCCACAGUUAACCGCACUUCUUCUAAUAGCUACAAGAACCCAGGAUUUGAGGAAGACACCGAUGAUUCAAAGACAAAUGGUAUUGCAUUAAGAAACAGGAACUUAGAAAGAAGUAACUCUCUUCAUCCUGAUGAGCAUGAGACAAAUAUCAAUAUUGACAGCAAGCCAUAUGGAAGCCAACCUGAAUCAGAAGAAAACAAGAAUCUUGGGUGCAAGGGGAAAUUUGCAAGGAAAUACAAUAUGGUCCUUCAAUUUUGCAGGAAACAUAAAACUAUAAUCCAAUACAUUAUUUAUGGAAUACUAAUUAUGGCUUAUCUGGCAAUGGUGAUUGCAGCCUGCAUCUUGAAUUUUCACAGAGCCUUAGCACUCUUCAUCCUCACUCUCCUAGCCAUUGUUUUCAUCUGUUGGGACUUUUUCAUAGCCAGAUAUGAGGGUAAAAUUGCAGAGCUGCUGUCUCCUUUGGAAAAAUUUCUAAAAGCUCAGUGGUUUUGGUUGAAAUGGGUAGUGUGGAUCAUCUUAAUAGUUGCUGGUGUGUGUUGGUUAAUUUUUGAUACUGCCAAGCAAGGGACCAACCAGCUCAUUUCCUUUGGUGGACUUAUUAUGUAUAUUCUCUUGAUGCUGAUCUUCUCUAAGUACCCAACUAAAGUGAAUGAAGAUUGUGGAUAG